AUGGGAGAGGUGACGGCGGUGGAGGUGGCUCAGGUCCUCCCCAAGGGUCGUGGUCAGCCCCGUCUGACCAUCCCUGGAUGGCCAACACCACAUCCAUGGCUGACCUGUCGUGUCGUGGUGUCCCUCAGCGCUGUUCCGAGCGAGGACGCGGAGGCAGGAGCUGAGCCCCAAGAGGAGAAGGAAGAGGAGGACGAGGACUUUGCUGAGGACGAUGACGAGUGUGACACCCCCAGCGCUGUUCCGAGCGAGGACGCGGAGGCAGGAGCUGAGCCCCAAGAGGAGAAGGAAGAGGAGGACGAGGACUUUGCUGAGGACGAUGACUUGGCCUACACGGACGAUCUGCGUGACGAGAACUACCACCCGUCCCUGGACAGCGACUCGGAGCCUCAGCGCCGCCAGAGCCAGCCCAAGUCUCGCAAGAAACCCAUCAAGGAGGAGAAGCCCCAGCAAGAACCUCCUCUGCCCAGCUCCAGCCCCUCAGAGGACAAGAGUGGACGGGUCAGCUGCAAGCGCCGAGCGCGGAUGAGCGCCGAGGACGUGGCCCAGAUCGGCCCCAAGAGGAUCAGGAAGGCGGCGAAACGGGAGAUCCUCCUGUGCGACUUCGAGGGCUGCGGCAAGAUCUUCUCCAACCGACAGUACCUGAACCACCACCAGAAGUAUCAGCACGUGCACCAGAAAACCUUCACCUGCUCCGAGCCAACGUGUGGCAAAUCCUUCAACUUCAAGAAGCACCUCAAGGAGCACGAGAAGCUCCACAGCGACAAACGGGAUUACAUCUGUGAGUUCUGCGCUCGCUCCUUCCGCACCAGCAGCAACUUGAUCAUCCACCGCCGCAUCCACACCGGGGAGAAGCCACUCCA